AUGAUAUGCAAGGCUCACAUAGUAAAAUGCAGAGUCUAUCAUCCACACCCUCCACUUCAUGAGUAUCAUCAACAGGGAGAUCUCAUCAUUGGCGCCGUGGUUUCUCAUGCCUUCAUUCUCUCCUUAUCAAAUGACUUCAGUGAAGAUCCUCCAGCACCAAUGCAGUUAGCUCUUGGUGUUGUGCCAAAGAAUAACCAGCACAUUGUGGCCUUGGAGUUUGCAGUAAAGGAAAUCAAUGAAAACUCUCAGCUCUUACCCAAUGUCACUUUGGGUUUCCACAUCUAUGACAGCUAUUUCAAUGACAAGUCAACCUAUCAUGCAACAAUUUUGCUUUCAUCCACACUGGAGCGGUUUGUCCCCAACUACAACUGUGACCUCCAGAAUAACCUGAUAGCAGUUAUUGGGGGACUAGACUCCCCCAUUUCCCUUAAUGUGGCAACUAUCUUGGAUAUUUACAAGAUUCCUCAGCUCAUCUAUGGUGCUGCUCCAGUGAUGAAUGACAAAACCCCAGGACUUCCCUUCUACCAGAUGGUCUCAAAGGAAGCCCUUCAGAAUGAGGGAAUUCUCUCUUUACUUCUGCAUUUCCACUGGACGUGGAUUGGGGUUGUUUAUAUGGAUAACGACAAUGGAGAAAGAUUUGUACAAACAGUGGUUCCAAUGUUUUCCCAGCGUGGCAUUUGUUUUGCCUUCAUAGAAAGACUCCCCACAAUAAGUUUUACAAUGGAUAUUUUUGUCAGCCUGCAAGAUGCAUCAGCAAUAUGUGAUAGAAUCAUGAAGAGCAAUGCCAAUGUGUUGGUUGCCUAUGGAGAAUCUUAUGCUGUGGCCUUUUUUAGAUGGAUGCCCUUAUUAAGAGGAGCUGCAACACCAAAAGGUAAAGUGUAUAUAGCAACAACCCAGGUGGAGCACACUGCUUUUAUAUUCCAAAGGAACUGGGAUACAGAAAUAUUCCAUGGUUCAUUAACCUUUACAAUUCACUCCAGUGAGCUGCCAGGAUUUCACCAAUUUCUUGAGAAGAAAAACCCUUUGAGCAUCAGAGGAGAUGGUUUUAUACGUGACUUCUGGAAGCAAGUAUUUGAGUGUGAGUUCCUUAAUUCAGAUCCAGGUGAUGUAGAUGGGAAUAUUUGCACUGGUGAGGAGAAGCUGGAGAGCCUUCCUGGGGAAUUUUUUGAAAGGAGGAUGUCUGGCCACAGCUACAGCAUCUACAAUGCUGCCUAUGCUGUAGCCCAUGCUUUACAUGCCAUGUAUUCAUCUAGGCAUAAACACAGAGCAGCUGUGAACAGAGAGAGACUGGAAUUAAAGAACCAACAGGGGUGGCAGCUGCAUCAUUUCCUGAGAGGUGUUGCAUUCAACAGCAGUGCAGGGGACACUGUUUCCUUUAACCAGAAUGGAGAGAUAGCAGCUGGAUUGGAUAUUACCAACUGGAUUGUUUUCAAAAAUCAGUCUUUUCAUAGAGUGAAAGUUGGACAGAUGGAUCCUCAGGCUGCUCCAGAUCAAGUGUUCAACAUCAAUGAUGAUACCAUAACAUGGCACGGCUGGUUUAACCAGACACAACCUUUUUCACUGUGUACUGAGAGUUGCCAUCCUGGCUUUAGCAAGAGAGUGAAGGAGGGGGAGCCAUUUUGCUGCUAUGAUUGCAUCCCAUGUCCAGAAGGGAAGAUUUCAAACCAGAUGGAUCUAAAUGACUGUUACAAAUGCACAGAUGAAAACUAUCCAAACAAAAAUCAGGAUUCAUGUAUUCCCAAAGGAGUUAUCUUUUUAUCUUAUGAAGAACGUCUGGGGCUUGGCUCAGCCUUUAUGGCUAUUUUCUUGUCUUUAAUCACAGCUCUGGUUCUAGGAAUCUUUAUGAAGCACCACAACACUCCCAUUGUCAAAGCCAACAACCGGAGCCUCACCUACACUCUCCUCACCUCCCUCCUGCUCUGCUUCCUGUCUGCAUUGCUCUUCAUUGGUCAACCAGGGAAGGUGACCUGUCUCCUCCGACAACCUGCUUUUGGCAUCAUCUUCUCAGUAGCUGUUUCUUGUGUGCUGGCAAAAACCAUCACAGUUGUUCUGGCUUUCAUGGCCACUAAGCCAGGAUCCAGGAUGAGGAAAUGGGUGGGCAAAAGACUGGCCAGUUCCAUGGUUCUAUCCUGUUCCCUUCUUCAAGUUGGUAUUUGUACUGGCUGGCUGGCAACUUCUCCUCCAUUUCCAGAUGCUGAUAAGCACUCCGUGAUUGACAAAAUUGUACUCGAAUGUAAUGAAGGGUCUGUGGUAAUGUUUUAUUGUGUCUUGGGCUAUACAUGCUUCCUUGCAAUUAUCUGUUUCAUUCUUGCAUUCCUUUCCAGGAAGCUGCCUGACAGCUUCAAUGAAGCCAAGUUCAUCACUUUCAGCAUGUUGGUCUUUUGCAGUGUGUGGCUCUCCUUUGUUCCAACCUAUCUGAGCACAAAAGGGAAAUACAUGGUAGCUGUGGAGAUCUUCUCUAUCUUAGCCUCCAGUGCUGGCUUGCUGGCUUGCAUAUUUUCUCCACAAUGUUAUAUUAUGGUUUUGAGGCCUGAACUGAACAACAAGGAACAUCUAAUGAGAAGAAUGGACUUUAAAAAAAAAAAGUGUCUGUUACCUUUUCUACAGACUGCAGCCCAUGAGUGUCUCAAGUGGGAAAAAAUCAGUUCAAAUGUAGAUAAAGAAAACAUUUUGGUAAUCUAA